GCCCGCAAAAAGCCAAAUUCGAAGGUUUCGAGCGGAGCUUUCCAGUGCGUUGACGGUUCCCAAGCAACCGGUUCACGCCUUUUGUUCAUCAUGGGACAUACGGUGUAACGUGUUUCCCGAGCGCGGGCGCCGGUUCGGCGUCUUGCCUGCGGCCAUCUCCCAGACGCACAAAAAAGGAUGAGUGCCCGUUGCUGCGUCGCGAGGCACGCCCUCUCUGCGCCCCCGACUCUCGGUCGCUCCUUGGCUCAAUCCUUUCGUGUCUACCCCAGCGUAGCUGGGAGCCAAUUCUGAACAGUCGUUUCCUCCUCAUCGUCCUUCGUUGUUUGACCAUUCUCUGGUGACCUCCAACAAUGCCGCCUCAGAGAGAACGCAUCCCUACGGGAUGGUGGCCCAGUCCUCAACAGCAUGAGAACUCUCCGUCGCUGCGCCUCAGCUCUUCCCAGCCCCCUCCGCCGUUCGUGUUCACGUUCGAGACUGUCCGCCACAAUGUCUUUAGGACGACUUUCAGUUCCGAGACUCACCCCGUUCCGCCGUAUCCCAGUGUCCCGCGGAUGGAGACACAGUUGGAUGGGAUCCAGCCCGUGGUGACCUCGACGGAGAAGAGCAAGAGCAUCAAGAUAGGCUACAUCACUGCCAGCGUGCACUUCGCCGGGGAGACGCCGCUGGUUUCCAUAUCCAUUGAGGGCCAGCCAUUCCCUAUCCUCCAGGAUCUGCCGAACCGGAGCUACGUCGCCGACGGCGAAGGCGUUUCCCAUUACACGCGUUACAACCGCAAGACGCUGCACGUCGGUCUCGGCGAGAAGGCAGCGCCGAUGAACCUUUCCGGCCGCCGCUUCGAGCUCUCGGCCACAGACAGCUUCGGGUACGACGUCUAUCGGACCGAUCCCCUGUACAAGAACAUUCCGCUGUUGAUCAAUGCCACACCGGACGGUUGCGUGGCCACCUUCUCCACGAGCCAGGGCCGCGGCCAGUACUCGAUCGGCGCCGAGAUGGAUGGAAUGCACGGUUUCUUCAAGGUCUACCGCCAGGAUUACGGCGGCCUGGAGGAGUACAUCAUCGUCGGCAAGACGCUGAAGGAAGUUGUGCGAACCUACGCUGAUUUGGCCGGCUAUCCUCUCCUCGUCCCCCGAUGGGCGUUCGGCUACAUCUCAGGCGGCAUGAAGUACUCCAUGCUGGACGACCCUCCGGCGCACGAGGCGAUGAUGCAGCUCGCCCGCAAGCUGAAGGAGCUCGACAUCCCAUGCUCAGCGCAUCAGAUGUCUUCGGGCUAUACCGUCUCGGCGACGCCACCUAGGACGCGCAACGUGUUCACAUGGAACCGGCACCGGUUCCCGGACCCGGAGGGCUGGAUCCAUGAGUUCCACAAACAAGGCAUUCGGCUAAUUGCCAACAUCAAGCCGUAUGUGAUCGGAAGCCACCCAGAGUACGAAAAGCUCAGGGCCGCCGGCGCGUUGUUCACGGACCCGCACACGGGCAAGCCGGCCGUGACCAAGCUCUGGAGCGCGGGCGGCGGCGAGAGCGCUGACGGCGGCCACAUCGACUUCACCUCCAAGGCCGGCUUUGACUGGUGGUACAACGGCGUCAAGGAGCUGGCUCGGCAGGGCAUCGACUGCAUGUGGAACGACAACAACGAAUACACCAUUCCCGACGACGACUGGAAGUGCGCGCUAGACCUUCCGCUCCUCCAGAUCCCCCCAGGAGCCGAGAAGCGUCCGCAGGUGGGCGUCUGGGGGCGAAACGUCCAUACCGAGCUCCACGGCAAGGCCUCCCACGACGCGCUCGUCGACGUCAACCCCGACGUCCGCCCCUUUGUGCUCACGCGAAGUGCGACAGCCGGCACGAUGCGGUAUGCGGCUAGCUCGUGGAGCGGCGACAACGUGACCAGCUGGGAGGGGAUGAAAGGCGCCAACGCGCUGUCGCUCAACGCUGGCAUGAGUCUGCUGCAAUGCUACGGCCACGACAUUGGCGGCUUCGAGGGCGAGCAGCCUAGCCCCGAGCUUCUCUUGCGGUGGGUGCAGCUGGGCAUCCAUUCGCCGCGCUUCGCCAUCAACUGCUUCAAAACCGCCUCUGGCGACAACUCGGUCGGCGAUGUCAUCGAGCCCUGGAUGUACCCGGCCAUCACGCACCUGGUGCGCAAGGCGAUCAAGCGUCGCUACGCGCUCAUCCCCUACAUAUACUCGCUCAUGCUCGAAAGCAACCGCACCGCGACCCCGCCGCAAAGGUGGACCGGCUGGGGGUACGAGUCCGAUCCGGAGGUGUGGACGUCAGUUGAGCUCACCAACGGCGAGACGCAGUACUGGUUUGGCGACGCGCUGCUCAUUGGGGGAGUGUACGAACCGGGCGUGUCCAAGAGCCGCAUGUACCUUCCCAAGGCCGCCGAUGCCGAGAGAGAUGAGGGCUUCAUGAACACGAACGCGCCGUUCCAGUAUCUCGCUUCCGGUCAGUGGGUCGACAUCGAUGCUGAGUGGCACGGCGCCGGCAUACCAGUCUUGGCUAAGGUGGGAGCGGCCAUCCCCGUCGGGAGGGACGUCCAGGUGCUCUCUCCUGGCGAGCAGGAUAACGUGGCAAACCUGCCAUUGGAUGACUACCGUGGUGUCGAGAUAUUCCCCCCUAAGGGCCGGUCGUUGAAUGGCCAAUGGCAUACCACAACUUGGUACGAGGAUGAUGGCGUCUCGGCGGCGCACAAGAACAGGGUCUCGUCUUACACCUUUGCCUACACCGCCACGGAAGCGGGAGCUUCGGGGGAAAUCAAGGUCAAGUUCUCGAAGGACGAAUCUUCGGGCUUCGAGGCGCCAUGGAAGACGCUCGUUGUCAUUCUGCCAUCUGGCGACGAGCGCACGGUGGUCAGCGACGACGGAAGGACAGUGGUUCAGCUUGGGGUGGAUGCGCAAGGAAGGAAUCGGUUUGAGCUGCAGUAAUUCAGGGCUGUACGCGUUGCGAGAAUCACAGCAAGAUAGGUAGCAGCCGAAGAAGAAUGCAGAUAGGUUCGUUGAGGAUUGGUUGCAAACCGUGCAAGGACUUGGCCUUGGACUUUGGCCCCACAUCGCCUGGCUUUUCUGUCAGGUAAGUGGCAAUUAUUGACAUGUAUUUACACCGUUGAACGCAGGGGUACGCGGUCUUGGGAUGUCCAACGUGCAUCGCGUAACGUGCCU